AUGUUCUUCUCAAAUCUCUUGGUGGCUUUUGGAUUUGGUUUGUACAUUGCCAUAGAAAUGAAAUUUGAAUUGCCACCGAUGGAUCAUAUCCUGAUUGCGAUGUCAUUAUUUAUACCACAUUUUAUGGUGGCUGGUGCUUUGAGAAUGCACACCUUAAAAUUGUGGUUGCUUAGGAGAAAACUUUCGGAAUUUAAAGAUCAGCUGAUAAUGGAAAAUUCCGAAAAAGAGGAGAAACAUGUAAUUGUUGAAAUUAUAAAUCCUGUCUUAAAAGAAGAUUUAAAAGAUAAUACUACACCAAGUGAAAUUUUCACAUCGAUCGAUGUAAAUAAUGAAAUUAUCAACAAAUGUGAUAUAGAGGAGAAACCUGAAGCCACUCCUGUUGAGGUAUAUCGUAAUGUUGCAGAUGGAACUAAUGCCCUUGCCAACUAUUUGAGUUCCACUAAUAAAAUCCUACAAAGACAAUUAUUGGUUUUGAACGGUCUCAAUUAUAAUUGCCUACUCUAUGGAAUUUAUACAAAAUUAUAUUUCGAAAAACAAUGGCAUCCCAUUUUUACCGAUCGUAAUCGUCGUGUCUUCUAUGCUGCUAAUACACUGAUAUUUGUUUGUAUAUUUUUGGAUUAUUUCCUAUUGUCGAUGACGCUGUUAAGUUUUAAGAAAAUGAUCGAGGUGCUGAUGCUAUUUUCAAUCGCCGUUACAGUUCUAUAUCAGUAUUUCAAUGAUCAAAUCGUGGCAUUAACGGAGCUUGUUGACAGCAGCAACGAUGAAUAA